AUGCCACGCUUCAGAAGAAGGGCUGUUCAUCACCAAACGAGGGUUGUACCUGCACCCACUCCCCAACGACCUACCAAAAAGGAAACAUUAUCAUCAUCAUCAUCACCAGCUAUGAGAAAAUUAAGUAGUGACGAAUAUUCAAAAGUAUUAGUAAAAGGUAUAGCAAAAGACGAAACAGAAUUAAAUACCAAAUACACUCAAAAAUAUAAAGCUAAAAUUUUAAAUAAAGAUUUAAGAACAUUACGACCAAAUAAACAAAUCCAAAGAGAAAUUAUUGAAGUUUAUUUAAGAUUAAUUGCAAAAGGUGGUAAAAAAGAAAAAACUUAUGUAUUUGAUUGUAAGUUUCAAAAAAACUUAUUAACUGGUAAAAUUGAUGAAUUAGUUGAUAAAUGUCAAAAAAUCAAUUUAACAGAAAUGAGAAUGAUUCUAAUUCCAAUUCGAAUUUCAAAUUGGUUUGCAUUGUUAGUAAUAAAUAAUGAUGAACAAACAUUUAAACUUUAUGGAUUUACAGCAAGUAUGAGUUUCAUUACUAAAUUAUUCUCAAAAUGUCAAUCUUUUAUGAAUGAAUUAAAUGAAAGAUUGGGUAAACCAAAAAUUGAAUAUUCAACUGAUGCUACUGAAUAUUCAUCAAUCGUUAGAUCUAAUGAUUCAAUUGUUUUUGCUUUAAUGAUUGCAAGAUUUUUAAUUAAUAAUAUUUCAUUAGGUUAUAUUAAAAAAGGUAAUAUUGAAAGAUUUAGAAAUAUCAUGACUUUAGAAAUUAUUAAUGGAUCAUUGACUCGUUUAUAUAAUAAUUAA